AUGGAUAUGCUGGGCAUGAGCAAUGACUGCCAGAUCCUGGCAAGAACAGCGGUCGAAGGAGCCACGCCAGGGAGUCACGGAGCCAUGAAGACAGGCGUGAUUGGUGGCAACGAGACUCACCUCAACUUGAACGACAACACCCUGGAUCAGUUGAGCAAGAUCCUGUUCCGACGGUUCAUUCGAGAUGAUAUGGGCGCCGGGUUGAUCCACAUGACUCGUAACACUCGGGACGGCACAGACGUUCGGAGGCAUGCUGGCGAGCAAGGGCGACGGUGGUCGGGGCUGGAUGGGCAGGCGGGUGGGCUGAUCCAAGACGGAAGGGGCCGGAGAGGCGAGAAGGCCAAGGUGAGCAGAUCUAAGGGAUCGACGGCAGGGCAAGCUGGAUGGCUGGGACGCAAGCAGACAGGCAAGGGCAAGCCAGAUCCAGAGGAGGAGGGAGGGAGGGAAGGCCGCGGAGAUGAGGGCGAGACUAAGCUGAGACGGGGGUUGAUGCAGGGAAUCAUGCAACGAGGUCUGACAUGUACCGGUGCGGCAGGGGCAGGCCAGGGGACGACAGAGGCAAGCGACGCAGCGAUGGACGAGGAUCGAUGGACGAGCCGAUGGACGAGUGUCGAUGAACGAGUAUCGAUGGAUGGACGAGUAUCGAUGGCGAGCAAAGGUCGAUGGUGGACAGAGUUGGGCAAAUGCGGACAGAGCCGGCCAGACCGCCGCGAGAAUCCCGAGCAGCGAGGCCUGGACGAGGACGGGCCCAAGGACGGGUCCGCCAGUGGGGAGGAGGCCGCGGCGGACAAGGCGAGAACGAUCGACAGGGGCCCGGCGUGCCUGGCGGACACUCGUGCCCCGCCGGUGGGGAGAGCGGCCGUUGGAGGGGAGGGCGGUGGUGUGGUGUUGGUGUGGUGUUGGUGUGGUGUUGGUGUGGUGACGAGCUGA